ACGUGCUGCUGUAAAUCAGACUUAAAGAGGCUUUUCUUGCUAAUUCGCAGCUCAUUGUGCCUCUUGUUCCAGAGGAGAAAAGCUUAUUUGUAGUCUAAAUGGACACAAUACUGAAUUACAGGUCGGAAGAUACUGACGAUUUCUACAUGUUACUGGGAUGUGACGAACUGUCUUCGGUUGAACAAAUCUUGGCAGAAUUUAAGAUCAGAGCCCUGGAAUGUCACCCUGACAAGCAUCCUGGAAACUCCAAAGCUGUGGAGACUUUUCAGAAACUGCAGAAGGCAAAGGAGAUUCUGACUAAUGAAGAGAGUCAAGCCCACUAUGAACAGUGGAGAAGGAGCCAGAUAUUGAUGCCAUUCCAGCAGUGGGAAGCUUUGAGUGACUCAGUGAAAACGGUGGGUUUCUCCCUGCUGUAUUUAGACUUGUACAGUAGCUUUAAGGAGUCAAUAGGCAAAAGGAAGGAGAAAACCAAGAAGCCAGUAGAAUCUGGAUAUAACUCGGUUUCCACAAAAUUCUGUGAGGGGAAAUUCACUGCCAUAAAAGCAAUGAGUCCGUGCCAGAAGAGCCUGUGA